AUGUGUGAUAGUGAUAACUCAGAAGAUCAAAGUGAUCAACCUUGUGCAAAGAAAAUGAAACUAUACUAUGGCAUACUACCAAGUCAUCAUUCCCAACAAUCAUCACAGGGAUCACAAAAUAUUAUUAUUGAAACUGGACGCUACCCUGAUCAGUUAAACACAAGGCAUACUAUCAAUGUUGUGUAAGGGAGACGUCUACAGAAUGCAGAAAGUAUUAUAGAAUUACAUACUUCUCCAAAUAUAGAAAAUAGAGAAAUAAUUAUAGAACCAAUAAUCAUAAUAGAUGAAGUAAGUACAAAUUCUCGAAAUUUAACUGGUUUGGGAGAAAUGGAGCAUGAAGUGUUUGACAUAUCUCAGCAAAAUUUAAGUAACCUAUCAAGCGCAAAUAUUGCGGAAAUUCCGAAUAACUACCAGUCAAUUUAGAUACCAUAAAACAGCUCAUGAAUAUUUCAUCGAUAACUUUAAAAAUAACGAAUUUGGAAAUGCUUGUGAAGUGGAUUAAUUAUGAUUGUAGUAUACAUUUCACCUAAUAACAAAAUGGAUCAUAUAAUUUCAUUUUUACAUGAAAGGUUAUUUCCUUAUAGUCAAAGAGGUUCAAUAAUUUUUAAAACGAAUAAACAUAAAUUACCAUUAAUUUUAGCUGGAGAUUUUAAUGUAAAUUUUGCAAGAGCUGAAUCAAUGCCAUUAAUUACAUUUCUUCAAAAAGAAUAUCAAUUGCAAAUCAACAACAAU